GGAAAAAUGGCCUCUCAAACUACCGGCGACUCGGAUGCCUACGACUACAUCAUUCUUGGUGGUGGGACAGCAGGGUGUGUCAUUGCAAACCGGCUCUCUGAAUAUGCAGACAGAACUGUGUUGGUGAUUGAAGCUGGCAGCCACCGGCCUGAUGAUCCCAAGAUCAACACGCCAGGUUUGAUGGCUGCUCUGUAUGACCAACCCGAAUAUGAUUGGAGUUUCCUUUCCGAGCCUCAAGAACAUCUGAAUGGGCGAAUUGUCGGUCAUCCACGUGGAAAGGUGGUUGGCGGAUCAUCGGCCAUCCAGUAUGGUAUGAUCGUGUAUCCAUCCAAGGCUGGCAUCGAUGCGUGGGAGAAGUUGGGCAACAAAGAUUGGGGAUGGAAGACGAUGAGCCAUUAUUACCGGAAAUUCCAUACAUUGGGGGAGCCCUCGGACAAAACAACUCGAGACCUGUCCUUGGCUUAUCUAGACAAGACCCUUCAGGGUACCACAGGUCCGGUGCAAGUCUCUUUCGCCGAAGACGAUUUUUAUUCACCUUUGCAAAAGGCUUGGCCCGAGACUUUUCGCAACCUUGGUCUCGCGGCUACAGGCGAUCCAGCGUCCGGGGAUAUGACAGGUGCCUAUAUUAACCCAUGCUCCGUCCAUCCAAAGACGAAAUCUCGAAACCAUGCCGGCACUGCCUACUAUAGUGCUGAUGUGGCCAAGCGUCCUAAUCUCAGGCUCAUUACGAACGCCCUCGCUGAAAAAAUCUUAUUCGACAAAGACACUGCCACGGGCGUGCAGUUCAAGAACGCCGAUGGAAAUCAUCUUACAGUGCGUGCCAAUAAAGAAGUAAUUGUCUGCGCGGGCGCUAUCCAGUCGCCCCAACUUCUAGAGCUGUCUGGCAUUGGGGAUGCGAAACGACUCGUGGCCCUUGGCAUCGCACCAGUCGUCGACAAUCCAUACGUAGGAGAGAACAUGCAAGACCACGCUAUUGCCAGCAUCAGUUAUGAAGUUCUUGAUGGCAUUCCCACCAUAGAGUACAUAAAAGAGCCGGGAGUACUGGACAGUUUGAUUCAACUAUACCAGACUACCAAUUCCGGCCCGCUCACAUCAAGCUGUAUCACGUCAGCCUACGUCCCUCUGGGCGAAUUCGCAGCAGAAGGUGAGCGGCCAGAAUUAGACCGCAUACUAGAUGCAAACCUGCACAUCAAGAAAGACUCACACCCGGGCUUGGAGAAGCAGUAUGAGCUUCUCCGCUCUAUUGUGGAAGAUAGAAAAGACUCCACGAUUCAAUACUUCUCACCGGCCGUGCAGCUCUGUCCACACGCGGGGCCGAAGCCAACAGACUGGUUUGGCAUGAAAGAAGACGGUCAUUACACAGCUAUUGCCGCAUCUCUUUCUCACCCGUUCUCUCGUGGGUCGAUUCAUAUCCGAUCGGCCGAUCCAUCAGAAAAGCCGAUGAUUGAUCCCAAUUAUCUCUCCAAUGAACUCGAUUUGGAGAUCCUAGCACGCCACUUACUCUUCGUCGAGACGAUUGCCAAGACCGAGCCCCUAGCCUCGCUCCUCAAAAAGGAUGGCCGCCGAGUCCCACCCAAUGUUCACGUCCAUAACCUAGACGAGGCCAAGAAACUCGUGCGUGAUACCCUGGUCUCGACCUAUCACCCGGCCAGCACCUGCUCCAUGCUACCUCGAGAACUCGGGGGUGUCGUCGACGAUCAGCUGAAGGUGUAUGGCACUAAGAAUGUCCGGGUUUGCGAUGCCAGUAUCUUCCCACUGAUACCGCGUGGAAAUAUCCAAACAAGCGUGUACGCCACGGCUGAGAAAGGUGCGGACCUGAUCAAAGGCGUGGUUGCAUAG